GAAGAAGCUGUGUUUCACAUGUGGUUUACUACCAUAACAUUUAAGCUUUUUACUGGACUGAUUUCAUCUUUAAAUCUACAGAAACCAGCACACAAACACAAGGGAAAGCAUGGCAUCCAGCUGCAGACGGCCGGAGCACUCGGCUCCUCCAGAUGUGUUCUACAAUGAAGAGGAGGCCAAGAAAUACUCCCAGAACACUCGUAUGAUUGAGAUUCAGACUCAGAUGUCGGAGAGAGCCGUAGAGCUUUUGAGCCUGCCAGAGGGACAGCCGUGCUACCUGCUGGAUGUGGGGUGUGGUUCAGGGCUCAGUGGAGACUAUCUGUCAGAGGAAGGACACUACUGGGUCGGAGUCGACAUCAGCACUGCGAUGCUGGAUGUUGCACUGGACAGAGAAGUAGAGGGAGACCUUUUAGUGGGUGACAUGGGGCAGGGGAUGCCUUUCCGACCGGGCACCUUUGACGGUUGCAUCAGUAUCUCUGCCCUGCAGUGGCUCUGCAAUGCUGACAAGAGGUCACACAGUCCUCCCAAGAGACUCUACACCUUCUUUACUACCCUUUACUCUUCUCUGUCAAGAGGCGCACGUGCCGUUUUUCAGCUUUAUCCAGAGAACUCAGAACAGCUUGAGCUGAUCACGUCGCAGGCCAUGAGGGCGGGCUUCAGUGGAGGGAUGGUGGUGGAUUACCCCAACAGCAGCAAGGCUAAAAAGUUCUUCCUGUGUUUGUUUGCUGGAAUAUCCGGAGUCCUUCCCAAAGGUUUGGGAUCAGAAACAUCAGACAGAGGUGUUUCAAACCAGGUUCAGUACUCAGGACAAAGAUGCCGUUUCAAAAACAUGAAGGGGAAAUCGUUGAAGAAAGGACGAGAUUGGAUCCUGGAGAAAAAGGAGAGGAGGAGGAGACAGGGGAGGGAGGUUCGAGCCGACACAAAAUACACCGGACGUCAGAGAAGACCUCAUUUCUAGCUCUGACUCAUGCAGCUGUGCCUUGAUUAGCUCUUGUCUGUACUCACCACCCCCCCCACCCCCCCUACACGCACACAAUCACCUCUGGAGCUGCACAGUGUUUGGACUCAAUUAAUGUUUCAGCUCUUUAAUUCAAGUGGAUGAGACGCAAGAGCAAAAUACUAUUAUGGCCAAUCGUUUUUAUAUCUGGUCGAGUGUUUGGCAAUUUCUCUGACAUAUGGCGGUGAGGAUGGAAGGAACCAAAUGCAUGGACAGACAUCUGUACUGCGCACUGCUGUGAAAGGACACAGUGGAGACAGACUUGGCAACAAUGGUGUCACAGAACCAGCUGUUUAUUGUAUUACCUGCAAUAUUUUAACAAUCGAAAUUAAACAAAAAUAGA